AUGGGACGGCAUCAAAUCCUGGGCCUCCUAUGUUUCCUAUUCUUCUUACAUUCCUCCCCUCCCUUUGCCUCGCCCCUUUGCCCUCCUGACCAGCGUGAUGCCUUGCUCCUUUUCAAGAACUCCUUCGUGCUUGACAGCAAGGUAUCCAACUACAGUUGCGACCAGUAUCUUCAGCUCACCUCUUACCCGAAGACAAACUCAUGGAACAAGAGCAGCGACUGCUGCUCAUGGGAUGGUGUCACUUGCAACGCUUCCACCGGUAACGUCAUCAGUCUUGAUCUUAGAUGCAGUUGGCUUAGUGGUGCUCUUCAUUCCAUUAACUCCCUCCUCCUCCUUCCCAAUCUUCAAACCCUCUACUUUUUGGGUAAUAACUUUGUUAGCACACACAUUUCACCUGAUCUUAGUGCAUUUCCAGAAACGACUCAUCUGCAUCUCUCUCAUUCGACCAUUUCGCUUCAGGUGUUGAGCUUGCCUUUUUGCAACUUGACCAAGUUCCCCUAUUUCUUGAAUUCAUUAGAAAAAUUACAAGACUUAGACCUCUCUAACAAUAGGAUAAGUGGGGAGAUCCCAAGGUGGUUUUGGGGAAUAAACCACGAUACAUUGCAACGUUUAGAUCUUUCUAAUAACCUACUGGAGGGAGCUAUACCACAACUGCACUGGAACAGAUUGUUGGACAUUGAAAUUCAGAACAACUCAUUCCAAGGAUCACUCCCCAUUCCUCCACCUUCUACUGUUACCUUUGAUGCCUCUGACAAUGGCUUCACCGGUGAGAUUCCUCCUUCGAUUUGCCAGUUGAGUUCACUUUGGUCUUUAUAUUUGUCAAAUAAUAAUCUCUCUGGGUAUAUGCCGCAAUGUCUUGGUAAUAUAACCGAUCUCGUUAAAAUAGACUUGAGUAGCAAUAAAUUACAAGGGCCAUUACCGCGCUCCCUAAUCAGAUGUGUAAAAUUAUAUUCACUCAUACUCAGUCACAACGAGUUCAGUGACAUCUUCCCACACUGGCUGGAAGCACGGCAACUAGUUUUCCUUGAUUUGCAAUCCAACAAAUUUCAAGGUAGGAUAAACCUCACUGUCUUUGGGCUCUCUUUCCCUGUCCUUAGAUCUUUUUCUGUUUCCAACAACAAUUUGACUGGACAAUGGCCCACAAAUGUUUUCUCAAACAGCUCAUUAGAUUUAAUAGAUUUGUCAAACAACCAGUUUGGGGGACCAAUUCCACUUCCAUCUCCCCUCGCAGAUUAUUAUUCCAUUGCAAAUAAUAAGAUAACUGGAAAUAUUCCUUCUUUGAUAUGCAACGCCACUUUUCUUGAGAUCAUCGACUUGUCUAACAAUGGCUUAAUAGGUAGCAUGCCCUGGUGCUUAACAAAUUCUAGCGUCGGUUCCAUCCCUCCAAUUCUAGGGAACUUGACUAAUCUUGGAUGGCUCGAUCUUUCUUCGAACAAUCUUACUGGGGUUAUUCCUAGAGAAUUGGGCGAUCUAACAUCUCUUGGUUACCUAAACCUCUCCAAGAACCAACUCACAGGUCGAAUUCCUCAAGAUAAGCAAUUGAGCACAUUUUCAAACAACUCAUUUAGUGGGAAUCCAGGCUUAUGCGGAACUCCAUUGCCAAAAGCAUGCCCCAGCGAUGCUCAACCUCCUCAACCAUCAACUUUUCAUCGCAAAGGGCAUGAGAGUUGGUUCAAACAGAAAGUGGUGCUGACAGGUUAUGCAUCUGGAGUUGUGAUUGGGAUUUCCUUAUCAUACAUGGCAUUUGAAACGGGAAGGCCCAAAUGGCUUGCGCGAGGUGUAAGAAUGCUGGAGGUAAGAGCAGCCGAAUGGGUGAAGAAGCCAAAGAGGAAGAUUGUCAAAUUUCAUGGAUAG